GGGGGGUGGGGCGGGUUCACCCCGGUCUCUUCUUCCUCCUCGGGGAAGACUUGCCGGGAAUAAGGGAUUUUGCUGCUUUUCCCUUGAUUUCACCCCAAAACGAGGCCGGGAGCGUGUCCCCACCCCCCCCUGCAGCCAGUGCCGGCAGAGGGGACGCGGCCGCCGAAGUGCCGCCGGCACCGGGCCCAGGCUCUGCCCCACGGCACCUGCCGGGGCACCGGCACCCUGGAAACGGGCUGAAAAGAGCCGAGUUUGGUCCUGCUGUGCCAAAAAACGAUGGCGGAGCCGCCCAUCGUGCCCGUGUACUGCACGGGCGUCUCGGCGCAGGUGCAGCGGCAGCGGGCCAAGGCGCUGGGCUUGGGGCGGCACGAGAACGCCGUGCGCUACCUGGAGCAGGACUACGGGCGCUUGCUUGAGGAAUGCCGGAAUUCCGGAAGCCUUUUCCGUGAUCCAACCUUCCCGCCGGCACCCAGCUCCCUCGGCUUCCGCGAGCUCGGCCCCGGCACUGCCAAAACCUACGGCGUCCAGUGGAAGAGGCCGACGGAGCUGUGUCGGCGCCCGCAGUUCAUCGUGGAUGGAGCCACACGCACUGAUAUCUGCCAGGGAGCGCUGGGGGACUGUUGGCUGCUGGCGGCCAUCGCAUCCCUCACGCUCAAUGAGCCGCUCCUGCACCGCGUGGUGCCGCACGGGCAGAGCUUCCAGCACGGAUACGCCGGGAUCUUCCACUUCCAGAUCUGGCAGUUCGGCGAGUGGCUGGACGUGGUGGUGGAUGACUACCUGCCCACCAAGGACGGGAAGCUGCUCUUCGUGCACUCAGCCGAGGGCAGCGAGUUCUGGAGCGCGCUGCUGGAGAAAGCCUAUGCCAAGGUGAACGGCUGCUACGAGGCGCUCUCGGGCGGCAGCACCUCGGAGGGCUUUGAGGACUUCACCGGCGGCGUGACGGAGUGGUACGACCUCCGCAAGCCCCCCGCGGAUCUCUACCAGAUCAUCCUCAAGGCGCUGGAGCGCGGCUCCCUCCUCGGCUGCUCCAUCGACGUAACAAGUGCCUUUGACAUGGAGGCGGUGACGUUCAAGAAGCUGGUGAAGGGACACGCGUACUCGGUGACGGGAGCCAAGCAGAUCAACUACCGCGGGCAAUCCCUGGGCCUGAUCCGUAUGCGCAAUCCCUGGGGAGAAGUGGAGUGGACGGGAGCGUGGAGCGACAGCUCAUCCGAGUGGAACGCGGUGGAGCCGGCGCUGCGGCAGCAGCUGAUGGUCAGGAUGGAGGACGGGGAAUUCUGGAUGUCCUUCCGGGAUUUCCUGCGGGAAUUCACCCGCCUGGAGAUCUGUAACCUCACCCCGGACGCUCUCCAAUCCCGCAAAUUCCGCAAGUGGAACACGCGCCUCUAUGACGGGACGUGGCGCCGCGGCAGCACGGCCGGUGGCUGUAGGAACUACCCCGCCACCUUCUGGAUAAACCCCCAGUUCAAGAUCCAGCUGGAAGAGGUGGACGACACCGGGGAUGAGGAGGGUGGGCGCGAGCCCGGCUGCAGCUUCCUCCUGGCGCUGAUGCAGAAGAACCGGCGCCGCGAGCGCCGCUACGGCAAGGACAUGGAGACCAUCGGAUUCGCUGUCUAUGAGGUUCCUCCUGAGCACGUGGGGAAGUCGGGCGUGCACCUCAAGCGGGAUUUCUUCCUGGCCAACGCCUCGCGCGCCCGCUCGGAGCAGUUCAUCAACCUGCGGGAGGUGAGCACGAGGUUCCGGCUGCCGCCGGGCGAGUACAUCGUGGUGCCCUCCACCUUCGAGCCCAACAAGGAAGGAGACUUCGUCCUCCGCGUCUUCUCCGAGAAGAAAGCCGGCACCGAGGAAAUGGACGACAAGAUCCAAGCGACGCUCCCGGAUGAGAAAGUGCUCUCCGAAAGCGAAAUCGAUGACAGCUUCAAGGCGCUCUUCAAGCAGUUGGCUGGGCCGGACAUGGAGAUCAGCAUCACGGAGCUUCAGACCAUCCUCAACCGCAUCAUCGGCAAACAUAAGGACCUCCGGACCAAAGGCUUCAGCACCGAGUCCUGCCGCAGCAUGGUCAACCUCAUGGAUAAAGACGGCAGCGGGAAGCUGGGACUGGUGGAGUUCAACGUGUUGUGGAACCGGAUCCGCAACUACCUGGUGGGUCCGGGGGGGAGGGUGGGUGUGGAAUUCUGGGGGAAUGAGGCUGGGAUUUGGGGGUGUCCCCCCCUCCUGGUGACCCCUUGUUGUGUGUUUUGGGGGGCACAGACCAUCUUCCGCAAGUUCGACCUGGAUAAAUCCGGGAGCAUGAGCGGCUACGAGAUGCGGAUGGCGCUGGAAGCGGCGGGGUAUAAAUUGAGCAAGAAGCUCCACGAGUUGAUCAUCACCCGCUACGCGGAGCCCGACCUCGCCAUCGACUUCGACAACUUCGUCUGCUGCCUCGUGCGCCUGGAGACCAUGUUCCGACUCUUCCAAGCAAUGGACGUGGACCAGGACGGUGUCAUCACCUUCGACUUGCUGCAGUGGCUCCAGUUCACCAUGUUCGCCUGAGCAGCCCCCAAGUGCCUUCCCAGCGGGAGCCGCCGGCGUCGCCGCGCUGGAUUUUCCCUCUUUUUUGGCUUCUUCCUCGUUUCCCAGCACAAGAAGGGUGUUUUUGGGGGGUGCGGGAGGCACCGCAGCCACCCCCAAACCGGGACCCCGGGACACCCAGCCACGCUUUGCCAAAGAAACGCUCCUGCCCUCACCCCCGCAGGGAGGUUUUGGGGGGAAUUCCUGGGGUUUUGGUGCUUCUUCACAUGAUGGAAGGAGCCGGGGGGGGUCACCGGGUGUUGGGACCCCCCAUCGUGGCCACCAGAGCUUCCCACUUCCGCCUUCGACAGGGAUCUUCAACCUCCAACAGGGAUCUUCUGCCUCCAACAGGGAUCUUCCGCCUCCAACAGGGAUUUUCCGCCUCCCGGGUGCCAAAAUAGUGGUUUUUUAUGAGAUAAAUUAAAAUCAAUGGGAAAAACUCCAAGGAA